AUGAAAUUCAAUAGCCUUCUUGUCGUUACGGCUGUUUUCCAGAGCUUCACCUGUUGGGCUUCUCCAGCUGCUAUAUCAGAUCCAGGACACGUCGGAUUUGUCCAUCCUGGAGCUCUGCACAGUGCCGAGGACUUCCACCGGAUCAAGAAGCAUGUCCAAGCUCAGGAUCAGCCGUGGUACCGGGCUUGGCAACAUCUCGAAUCUUCAAAGCUCGCUCAAACGACAUGGGUUCCGACUCCCCAGACUGUUCUCGUUCGAGGAUCAAACGCGACGUUCACCGAGCCAAAGGCCAACUACGGAUACGCAUAUCGCGACGCUCAUUCAGCAUAUCAGCUAGCUCUCCGCUGGCACAUCGGGGGCAACGUCUCUUAUGCCGACCACGCCAGAGAUAUUUUAGACGGUUGGAGUUCGACCCUGACCGACAUCAACGGUACCGAGGACAAGUAUCUUGCCGCGGGCUUGUACGGGUACCAGUUCGCAAAUGCCGCAGAGCUAAUGCGCACAUACUCGGGCUGGCCUAAGACCAGCCAAGAUGCCUUUGGCGAUAUGCUCAGCAACAUCUUUGCGAAGUACAACCACGACUUUCUCGAGCACCACUACAACAAACCAAACUUCUACUAUGCCAACUGGGAUCUUUGCAACAUCGCGUCUCUGAUGUCGAUUGGCAUUUUCACUGAAAAUCGGACGAUGUACGAUUAUGCCGUCAACUACUUCAAGAACGGUCUACCCGGGCAACCCGAGGUCGUUGCCAAUGGUGCACUUCCUUACUUCUCAAUCGCAAACUUCACCGAGGAGGACUCAGGCAAGACCUUGAUGCAGAUGCAAGAGUCGGGUCGUGACCAAGCCCAUGCCCUCUUGUGUAUCUCACUGCUUGGCGUCAUUGGCCAGCAGGGUUGGAACCAAGGCGUCGACCUGUACUCGGCUUACGGCCACCAGAUCUUGAACGCGGCUGAAUAUGUGGCCAAGUACAACACAAAUCACUCCGUGCCGUAUACUCCCUACACAAGUUGGGAAGGGGUGUUGGAGGUCGUCGCAGAAAAGGCUCGUUUCGACAUCCGGCCAGGAUACGAAGCUCUGUAUUCACAUUAUGCAGAGUUGAAGGGUAUGAAUGCAUCUUGGUCACUAGAGUAUCGAGAAUUCGUCAACGGCAACAUCAGCGUUCAGGUUGAGGGCGGUGGUGGCGACUACAGCCCAAACUCCGGAGGUUACGACAGCUUGGGUCACGGAACAUUGAUGUAUCGACUGGCCAAGGAGGACUAG